AUGGCAGCAAUUCAGAGCCAACUUGAACGAGGCGCCGUCCCCAACGCCGUGUCCAAUGUCUGCCCUAAAGGCACCAAAUUCCACAUCCUGGAAGUCGGCUGGCUGGAGUGCGACGAAGGUUUUGUGGUUAGAGGCAGCAACUCAAGUCUGAAAAGCACCGAGAACAAAUCAUUUGUCAACAAACGACGCGAGCUUCCCAUGUACUGCAUUUUGAUUGAACACCCACAUGAGGGCUUGAUACUUUGGGAGACUGGCUGCGGGAAAGACUACCCUGAGAUUUGGGGCCCUGUUGUUUCUGACAUUUUUGCUCGUAUUAAAUACGAGCCGCAGCAUGAGCUUCGCGCUGCUGUAGAAGCCACCGGCAACAGGAUUGAGGAUAUCAGGAAGAUCAUCAUUGGACAUCUGCAUCUCGACCAUGCAGGGGGCCUUGAUGAGUUCCUAGACAACAAGGAUGUCGAAAUAUGGGUCCAUGAGCGAGAGCUCAAUGGGGCUUUUUGGUCUGUGGCGACUGGAGCCGACGCUGGGGUUUACCUGGAGCACUAUCUGAAGCUUUCAUUAAACUGGAAAACAUUCAACGACCAGACGAUGGACUUUUGUCAAGGCAUCACCCUGCAACAUCUACCGGGCCACACAGAUGGCCUGAUUGGGAUGCAGAUCAACAUGCCCGUGACAGGGACGUUUUUCUUUGUUAGCGACCACUGCCACGUGAUGGAGAACUGGAAAGAUGGGAUUCCCCAGGGAUGGCUGGCAAGAGACCAUCCAGCUUGGUUCAGGAGCACCCAACGAUUGAAACAGCUGAUGCGGGUUACCAAGGGUCAGAUGAUACCUGGCCAUGAUAAGGAGACAUUCCUGGCGCUACAGAAGCAGGCUAAGGUGUUUACUUGA